CCCGCGGCUCUCAGGCGCGCGGUGCGACUGCCCGGUGGUCCCGGCUUCCGCGUCCCAGGCCCGACCCGGGCCUCUCCCCCUCUCCCGCCCCAGCCGCGGCCCGCCGAGCCCGCGGGCAACCGAGCCGCCAGAGACGCCCACACAGCCGCGGGGGCCCGGGCGGGGGGCCAUGCCGUGCCGGAGGGAGGAGGAGGAGGAAGCCGGCGACGAGGCGGAGGGGGAGGAGGACGACGACAGCUUCCUCCUGCUGCAGCAGUCGGUGACCGUGGGCGGCUCGGCCGACGUGGACCGGCUCAUCGCCCAGAUCGGCGAGACGCUGCAGCUGGACCCGGCGCACGACGGCCGGGCCUCGCCGUGUGCCGCCCCGGCGCCCCCGCCCCCACCCCCGCGGGUCCCGGCGGCGCUGCCCGCGGACCAGGCCCGGGCCCCGGCGAGGCGGCUGCUGCGUCCGGCGGCGCCUGCGGAGGCCGGAGACCCGGCGCCCCCGGGGGCCGUGCGCUGCGUGCUGGGGGAGCGCGGGCGCGUGCGGGGCCGGGCGGCGCCCUACUGCGUGGCGGAGCUCGCCGCGGGCCCCAGCACGCUUCCCGGGCCGGGGCGGCGGGGGUGGCUCCCGGGCGCCGUGGCUUCUCGGCGAAUCCAGCAGCGGCGGUGGGCCCCAGGCGGAGCGCGCGCGGGCGACGACGACCCGCACCGGCUCCUGCAGCAGCUCGUGCUCUCGGGAAACCUCAUCAAGGAGGCGGUGCGCAGGCUCCAGCAGGCGGUUGCCGCGGUCGCCGCCACGAGCCCGGCGAGCGCCUCGGGCUCCGGGGGUGGCCGAAGCGGACCGGACUCAGUCACCGUGCAGCCCUCGGGAGCCUGGCUCUGACCCUGGGGCCCUGGAGGCGGAGAAGAGGACGCGGCUACGCUGAUUCAACAGUUUCCUGCCCCGGACAGUCCGGAGCUGAAGCCGUCGUCCAUCCCGCGGGCCCCAGAGUUACCGGCCGCGCGAGGCUGUUAGAGAAAACGGACUCGACUGAGCAGCACCGGCAGCCGAAACCUGGGAUCUACCGGGAGAACUGUGGCAGCUACUUGAUGGACUUGGACCUGACUUAGCAUCGUGUGCUUGGAUUGUUUAACUACUCCUCCUGCUAGGCCCCUCUUGGCCAUGGCACCAGCUUUCUCAGAAACAGCUAUAAACAACCUCCUGUCCUCCCUGCCGCCAUCGUGUUUGUGGUGUGUGUGGGGGGUUGGCUGAAGGCCGUGGACACCCUCUUCUGCUCUGUUUUGGCCCUCUGUAGUGUCGGAGGGAGCCUCUCCUGCUUCCUCACCUGCCAUUUCUCUGUGAGUGACUGAAACAGUUUAAAAAUGUGACUCCGGGUGGAGAAACCGCUGGCUUUUCCCUUGUGAAACUUGAGGGCGUCCUUCCUGAGGUGCCACCCCCAAACAUUACGGUAGCUAACUUUUUUUUUUUUAAGAUUCAAUGGCUUGUUCAUCCUCCAGAUGUAGCUAUUGACGUACACUUCGCAACGGAGUGUCUGAAAUUGUGGUGGUCCUGAUUUAUAGGAUUCAUAAUUAAAAUGUCUGCUGAAUAAAUUUGGUUUUGUUUUGGAAAA